AUGGAUAGGAAGAGAGGGUGCAAGAUCAGGAAGAGAGGUUGCUCUUCCUCCUCUUCUUCUUCCCUUGCUCGUCGAAACCGCUUCAAACGCGCCAUUUUCGCCGGGAAAAGAGCUUCGCUAGAUGACGGUGGCGGCUCAGGAACUCCGGUUAAGUCCAUCUCCGCCGUUAAAACUCCCGUACUCUUACCUUUUUCGCCGGAAGAACCUCCUGUGGAACAAUUACAGAAACGCUGCGUGUCAGCGAGAAAGCUUGCGGCAACGUUAUGGGAGAUCAGCGACGGCACAGAUCCUCCAGUAUCCGAUGGAGAUUGCGUGAGAAGCAAGAAACCACCGAGAAACAGAAGGGAGAAACCAACAGAGAUCCCUUUCCCUGAUUUCCCGCUAAAAUCAUCCAAUCCUACUUCCAGCGAGAGGAUCCUUCUCGGAGAUGAUAGAGUUCGUAGAAAAUCAACAAUUCCUCAGAGACUACAACUAAUCGAAUACAAAACCAUGGGCACAAACUCGGUGAAAACUCGUUUCAAGAAUAUCAGCGAGUGUUUAACGACGUCUAAAGAGCUCGUAAAAGUCUUAAAAAGGAUCGGCCACCUCGGAGAUGAUCACAAGACCGCAAGCACUCGUCUAAUCACUGCUCUGCUCUGUGAACUAGACAGAGCAAGAUCAUCCCUGAAGCAUCUGAUGAGCGAAUUUGAUACAAGGGAGGAGGAGACGAGGAGGUUAAUAGAGAAGUUGCAAGAAGAGGCGGUGGCUGAAAGAAAGCUCCGGCUAAGAACGGAGAAGACGAACAAGAGAUUAGUAAUAGAGCUCGCGGAGGCAAAGGAAAAAGAGAGGAAGAUGAAGGAGGAGAUGGAGAGAGAGAAGAGAGCCAAAGACGUUCUUGAGGAAGUUUGUGAUGAGCUCGCGAGAGGUAUCGGAGAUGAUCAGAAAGAGAUGGAGAAAGAGAGAGAGAUGAUGCAUAUAGCUGAUGUUUUGAGGGAAGAGAGGGUUCAGAUGAAGCUCACGGAGGCGAGACAUGAGUUCGAGGAGAAACACGCCGCCGUGGAGAGGCUGAAGGAAGAGCUCCGGCGUGUUGUGGAUGGUCAGGAGGGAAAAGGGUCGUCGGAUAUUCGGAGGGUUUUAGAGAUAGUAGAUGGUUCUGAUGAUGAUGAUGAUGAUGAUGGUGAUGAUGAUGAUGAUCUAAAGUCUAUUGAGCUGAACAUGGAGAGUGGAAGUAAGUGGGGUUAUGUUGAUAGCCGGAGAGAUGGUCAGACAGAAUCAAGAUUUGUUGGCUCCGGCGAAGAUGAUGAUGAUUAUGAUGAUCAUGUACUGGAGAAGAGAUCAGUGAUUGUUGAUAAUGGGGAGAGAGAUGAGUCUUUGAAGACUCUAAGAGAUUACAUUGUUUCUAAUGUGACUUUCAUAGGCUCUUCAUCGUCGGAGCAGUGGAAUCAUCGGCACUUACCUAGUGUGGAGUUUGUGUAA